AUGAGGAAACAGAGCAUAGAAGCUCCACUUUUGGGCAGUGGUGGAAAUUCCAAGAGAAGGAGAUGGAGCAGAGUUUUGGGUCUCCUCCUCUCACUCAUAGCCAUAAUAUUUGUUUGCCUUACACUAGGAGGAAACCUAAGUGUGUGGGUGGUAAGAGAUGAAAACAAGCACAAUGGCUGUGUGCAAUUUGAAAAUAAAGAAAUUGUUGAGUCAGACCAAGCAGUUGUUGCUUCUGAUGACGGUCGAUGCUCGGAAAUUGGUGUAUCAAUGCUUCGACAAGGUGGUCAUGCUGUUGACGCUGCUGUGGCAACCACCCUCUGCCUUGGUGUAGUCAAUCCAGCCGGUAGUGGAGUAGGAGGUGGAUCUUUCAUGAUUGUUCGGUCUUCACCAGAAUCAAAUACCCAAGCUUUUGACAUGAGGGAAACAGCUCCCUCAGCUGCUUCACAGAACAUGUAUGAGAACAAUCCCGAUGCUAAGUAUGAAGGACCACUGGCAAUUGGCAUUCCCGGUGAGCUAGCUGGCCUUCAUGAAGCAUGGUCAAAACAUGGACGUUUGCCCUGGAGGACUUUAUUCCAACCAGCCAUUAAACUUGCUAAAGAGGGGUUUGUGGUUUAUCCUUAUCUCGAAUCAUCCAUUUCUAGUAGUGCGAACAAAAUAAUGGCUGACCCGGGCUUACAGCUAGUAUAUGCACCAAAUGGGAAAUUGUUACAAGCCGGGGAUACAUGCUACAAUGCGGAACUUGGCCGCAGUUUGGAGGCAGUAGCAGAACAAGGGAUACAAGCCUUCUAUAAUGGAACAAUUGGGGAAAAUCUAGUAAAGGAUGUGAAAGAGGCUGGUGGAAUUUUGACAAUGGAAGAUUUGAGGAAUUACAAAGUGGAUGUUAUGGAUGCAAUGUCCGUGAACGUAAUGGGCUACACUAUCUUAGGCAUGCCACCUCCAUCCAGUGGAACAGUCGGAAUAUCUCUGGUUCUAAACAUCUUGAAUAGCUAUGGGAGUCCCAAUGCUGCAAAGGGACCUCUGGGGUUACAUCGCCUGAUUGAGGCAUUAAAAUUUAUGUUUGCUGUCCGGAUGAACCUGGGUGAUCCCAACUUCGUGAAUAUCAGUAAGACUAUCUCUGACAUGCUUUCCCCUUCUUUUGCCAAGAAACUUCAACAAAAAAUAUUCGACAACACGACUUUCCCUUCUGAAUACUAUAUGCACAGGUGGAGCCAGCUUAGAGAUCAUGGAACCAGCCAUUUGUGUGUUGUGGAUGCAAAUCGAAAUGCAGUGUCACUGACAACCACUAUAAACUAUGGUUUUGGAGCUGGGUUGCUCUCUCCUUCCACUGGUAUUGUGCUCAACAAUGAAAUGGACGACUUCUCGACACCAACAGAAAUAUCUCCCGAUAAACUCCCUCCUGCACCAGCCAAUUUUAUCAGACCAAACAAGAGACCCUUAUCUUCCAUGACACCUAUCAUUGUUCUCAAGGAUAAUGAAUUGGUCGGGGUCGUUGGAGGUAGUGGUGGUCUAUACAUAAUUCCAGCUGUGAUACAGGUUUUUCUAAACCAUUUUGUCUUGGGAAUGGAACCUCUAGCGGCAGUUCAGAGUGCAAGAGUCUACCACAAGCUAAUACCAAAUGUGGUUUUAUAUGAAAACUGGACGGUCAUCGAUGGUGAGCACAUAGAACUCUCGGACGAGAAAAAGCAGUUCUUGGAAGAGAGAGGUCAUCAACUUCAGGCUAAAGCAGGAGGAGCUGUCUGCCAGUUUGUUGUUCAAAACAUUAACAACCCGAUUGAAAUGGGCCGUAAAAACCGAAAAGUGCCUGUAGACCAAGUAUUCAGAGGAACACUUACUGGUGUUAGUGAUCCUAGGAAAGAUGGGAGGCCUGCUGCUAUCUGA